CUCUUAAAAUAGAUUUUUAAGGUCGAAAGGAAUAAUUUUAAACAUAGCGGUGUGUGAAAUAUUUUUAACGAAUAGCUGUGAAAAUUGAUAAUGAUUAAACUAUUCAACAUAUCUAGCACUUGAAUGAUUUAAUUCAUAAUUAAUAGCGGACAACAAGGACAUACUUAUUAUUAGUUUAAUUCAAAAUGAAUUAUUUAUCCUUUCGAUCUAACUGGAAGUCAACACAUCCAUGAUUGAGAACGAAGUUUCACCUAAGGAUUAUUUUCAUUUUUAUGAAUAUCUUAUUCCGUUUUGUAAUAAUUUUAUCUUUAAGAUAGAACUAAACUAUGCUAAGCAUGUGAUCAUACCUGGAUUCUACCCGGGUGGAAGCUGUUUCUAUGGCUUCGUUUUUGGGUAGUUGUAGUGCUAGGGAGCAUUCUCAAAGACAAAGAUGGCGCUUGCAUCUUCUCAAUUUCAGGAAUUUGUAGAAACUGCUUUGCCUGCUGUUUCUCAGGUAAAUAAACCAGGAUAAACGUUCGUUCUUUUUAGCACACUCAAAUAUCUGAACAAAUGUUAUUCGUGUUUUAUAUUACCGUAUUUUAAUAAAUUGUCUCCCUUGAAUUUGAAUCUAUAACACUGGGAAAAGUCAAAAGAUAGUAAUCCUGUCCUGAGUGAGUGAGUACUGAGUAAGACUUGGGUACUCACACUCCUAAUGGGCAAUGAAUGGGCCUAAGCUUUUACUUGUAAUAUUUAUAGCCUAUUCUUAAAUUCGCUACUCUAUGAAUUACAAUUAUAAAGGAGGACUUACAUUGAGUUACAUCCCUGAAGUCUAAAGACUAACUAAAUAAAGUGAACUAAAGUUUAAAGAGACUAAAGUCAAAGUGCUACUGCUAAGUCUUAAUUAACUUUUAACUUUAAUAAUUUACAAGUUUGAGUUUAAUUUAGGACUUUCAAACUUUGAUGCUUUGAAUUUUAACUUGUAGUUUUAUGAAGACCUAAGCCUAGUCUGUUUGGUACUGAGGCUGAUGUCUUCAUUCGUACUAUCACGCAUGGACUACUGCAAUGCUCUCAUGGUGGGUCUUCCAGCUACACUCCUGGAUAAAAUUCAAAUAGCACAGAAUAAUGGGGCUCGCAUUGUUCUUCGUAAACACAAAUUCGACAAUGCUAAAACACUUCUGAGUGAGCUGCACUGGCUGCCGGUCUGCACUCACAUAGAGUACAAAAUUGCAACUUUGUGCUACCGCUGCUUACAUGACCUGGCGCCGUCCUAUCUCAAAGCACUCAUGACACCUUAUGUACCCAAACGACAGCUCUGCUCAUGGGAUAGUGGCAAAAUAUUGAUAACGCAUGUACGUCUUGAGACUUAUGGAAAGCGCACUUUCACAUUUGCUGGCCCAAAAAUUUGGAACGCUCUUCCUGUCACUCUCAGAAACAGCCAGACACUGGAGUCCUUUAAAUCUAUUUCGCAAACUCCUUCUGGGGUGAUGUAGUCUACCAUCCUUUUUCCAGUUAAUGUAUAUUGGCUUGUGUUGCUUAUGGUUGAAAUGAGAUGAAAGACUUUGACUUGUUAUGCUUGUAUGUAGUUUUCAUAUUGUUGCGUUUGUUUUUAAAUGUGGUAAAUUUUAGAUUGUUUUUAUUUCUCUUUUUAAUAUGGUUGACUUUGUUCUGCGCUUCGAGCUUUCGUGAAUGAAGAAUGUUUUUCAAAUAAAAUAUUAUUAUUACUGCUAUCAGUAGGCCUUUUAUCAUCUAUAGCAGAGUUUCCCAAUCUAGUAUACUACAUCAGGGUUUGUGAGGAACCCAUUAUAAGAUGAAAAGAGCUAGGGGUGUGCCGGAUCCGUUUUUUCCAACCGGAUCCGGAUUUUCUUAUGCGAAAUCCGCCGGAUCCGGAUUCCGGAAUAAUCCGGAUUCCGGUUUCUCCCGGAUUCCGGAUUUUGGUUCUAUUGGUAGAUACUUCGGUAAGUCAAGGUGGACUACUACUUUUUGUGUAUGGGAAUUCGCAAUCGGCGCCAAAAAAUCCGAGUUUUUAAUUUUCCGAUGUGUGUGUCUAUUUAUUAUUAAAUUAGUACUUUCAAUAUAUAUUUGAGUUCCGUUCCAUUUGGAUAUGUGUCUUACGAGAGACGCCAUGUUUCUACGCGUUCGCAGCAGGUCAUGCAGCUCGCUCAACCUAAUUUCGCCAUGGGGUUGGCCACGCCCCCCUUUUUAAUGGCGGAAGUUGACGAUACUUAGGAAAUAUUAAUUUAUUAUCACUAUUUACAUCAAAAUAAUUGAUAACUUGUGUUUCAGAAUGCAUUUAAAGACAUUUAAACUGGAAUGUUUUAAUUUGAGCUUUAACAACCCGGUAGAAUCCAUAUUAUAAAUGAUCAGAAUUUACCGUGUGCAACACGUUGUCAUUGGCAACCAUUCACAGCCACUUGCAUAACUGUAUCGUAGUACUACCUCAGAGUUUCAUUCAUAAGAGUUUGCCGUGUGCAAAAACUAUUAAACCAUUGGUCAGGGAAAGCUUUAAUUAAUUAUUCAUGUGCCAAAGUUGAAAGUUUAAACUAAGUCUAAACAGUAUUUUAGUGAUAAGGCAGGGAAUGCGUUGCCUUAUAUAAACUAUAUAGUCAUUGCGCAUGACGGGAUUGGUGGAAUGAGAUCACAGAAUGUGGAGAUGCAGUCCAUGUUAAAAAAUGACAAACCAAGUCGUACUUUAAAAAUUCAUAACUUUAAAACUACAACAGCUAAAAAUAUGAUUUUGGUGUUAUAAUUCUUUAAAAAAUUACAUCUUUUCAACUAUGCCAUUGGUUUAUUUUUACAAAAAGUUUAAAUUUUCUUAUCAAAGUCCCUACACUAUUGGCCACUAUUAGCGGUGCUGACUCUAGCCUCUGGUAUGUACGGAAUAUUAAACAUUAAACAAGCUCAACGCUCGAAACAAUCGAUUAAUGUAUCGUGAUCGUGUGGAAUUCGGGAAAGAGAAUUACUUUUAUUUCAGAUUAUGAUCCGGUGAGUCACAAAAUCUGGCAAAUUCCGAAAUCCGGUAUAUUAUUAUACUGUUUAUUAUUUGCCAUUAAGUUCAGAUAUUAAAUCAGCAAUUUAUUAUUUUAAAUUGAUUUCUACCAAUCAAUGUGAGGUAAGAAAUUUGAUAUAACCCAUCUUUAAACUCCUCUCCAUAGGUAAUGUAAUUAUUUGACAUAAUGAUAAUAAUAAUAAUAAGAGGUCUUAUAUAGCGCGGUACCCCAGCCUAGGGCUGGGCUCACCCCGCUGUACAUAAAAAUUUUAUCAAAAGAGACAUAAUCAUGACAUUAAAAUAAAAUACAUUUAUGAAAUAAAGAACAGCAAUGUAUAUUCACCCACCCCACCACAUAACUUUAACAAGGCAAACCAUGGAUGGCAGCCAGCUCGGUCAGAGGAGGGGAAUCAGUCAGGGUAGUAUAAUUCAAAAAGAUAUGUUUUGAGUGCAGUUUUGAAGGCCUGGGUGGUUGGUAUAUUGCGUAUGUGUAGUGGCAAAGAAUUCCAUUUUUGGGGGCGCAGAAAGAGAAAGAUCGUUCACCAUAUGUUUUAGUGUGUGUCUUGGGAACGGACACACUACGCGGUUCUGCAGAGGAGCGAAGCUGUCAAAGGGGUGAAUAGACAGAAAGAAGUUCGGUUAGAUAGGAAGGGCAGGAAUCCAAGAAAAAGUUGUGACAGAGAACAGACAACUUGUAGUCAAUGCGUGCCUGUAUAGGUAGCCAAUGAAGGGAAUGAAGUUUUAUGGUGUUUGUAUAUCUAUCUGUACUUUAUGUCAAAUGCCAUUUGAUUUUUUUCAUCCACUUGUUAAAAAUCCUCUCAAAUUCACAUCCCAAAAAAAAGGUAAUGCAGACAGAAUCUACAUUAUGAUUUUUUUUCCAUGAAACUAUAAAUACUUAUGUCUUUAAACUUUUUUUUUACAGGGCAAGGGAGGAAAGAGAAAAGGAAAAUUUAAUAAAAGAUCUGAUGGAAGUUUUUCUGACAGCUCCAACAGUUUUAUACGACAGGUAAGAAGCCAUGGUAUAGAUAAACUGAAUGUAUAUUUAAAGACAGGGUAGAAACAAAAAGAUAAACUGAAUGUAUAGAAGAGGGUUUCCUAAUCAAGAUGCUUGCACCCUUAGGGGAUGGGGUGCGAUGUGGCAUUUCAGAAAGGGCAAGGACAGGGAUUAUAAAAGCAGAGGAGACAUUAGCUUUUAAUUUUUGAUAUAAACAGUUAUAUAUUUUUUUUACAUUUUUUCAUUUAUAUUUCAUUAUGUAAUAAAUCACAAGUUUAUUUUCUAAGUUCAAAAGUUAUCUGUGCCAUUCAAUUAACAAAUCAGACAUCAAUUAUUAUCACAUAUUUUUAAUUUUUUAACUUUUUUUAAGGGGUGUGAGACUUAGUUAAACAAUUCUUAAGGGAUGUGAGACUUGUCACAUUAUUUGUAGGGGAUGUGAGACUUGUCACAUUAUUUGUAGGAUAUGCGCAGUAGAAGAGGCUAGAAAAAACUGGUGUAUUUAGCUUUUUUUUUUAACCCUUUUAUCUUAUGGCUGAAUUAUUAGUUUACUAUAAUCCUAUGAGGCACCAUAAAAAAAUAUUAUGAAUAACAUUGGCUAUGUUGGCUAUAAAAGUAUUAUCAUAGAAAAAUAUGAUAUGAGAUUAAUUAUGUUAUGUUACCAUCUUACUUCCAAUUACUCUAAAAUUUGUACAUAAUUUUCACAAAAAACACUAUUUUUACUUCAACUGUUAUCCUAAUAAUCAAAAUUUUAUGACACAUCUUCCAUGACAUAACACACCAGUUAAAAAUCCUAUUGUCUAAAGUAGUGGUGUUAGUAAUCCAGAUUCAUGUAAGAUCUGGUAUUUUAUAAAGACUUGCCUGUUUUGCUGCAAUAUGCAGAGUCACUUUUAAUAAUAACUUAUGGUAUGUAGCAUAUUCUUUGAUUGUGGGACAUUUUUUUGUAACAUAAUGACAAGGUUGGAUUAGAGAAUUUAACCAUUUUACCUCACAUUUGUCAAAAUUAAUAGUCAUUUGAUUCACAAAAACAUAUUUCAAGCUAUUAAAAUGUAUAUAACCAUUGGUAUUUUUUUUUUAAUGUGAUUCUUUGAUAAGCUAUGGGUAUUUUAAAAAUGUGUGAUAUUCAUACAGUGAGGGGGGUGGUUAUGAGAGAGGAACAGCAAUUAGCAUAUUAAUUGCAAUCUAUUAAGGUUGCAUUCUCUAAAAAACUUAGAUAAGAUUGUAAGAACCUAGAAGAGAAUUUGAGACAUGGAGCUAUAAUUAAUUAAUUAAGUUUUUCUCUAUAUUCUCUAUAAAUAUGACUAUAUGCUUCAAUCUCAUAUGCCCCACAGAAUAAAUACUAAUUUUUGUUGAGUUUUUUAAGUCUCUUUUCAACCCAGCAGCAGAAACAAUUGACUAUCCUCCAGUGAUUAUAAUAUAUAUAGAUAGAUAUAGAUACAUAGAUAUACACGAACUCACAGAUAUAGAUACAUAGAUAUACACGAACUCACUAUUACAUAGCAGAAUGCAAAAGUCUUAAUUUUUUUUUUUUUUUUUAAAUUCAAAUAUAAAAUAAAAGGGGGUGGCAGCGGAAACCUCAAACUUCUCUCAUCGACUUCCGCUGCCGCCCUUUUGUGUUAGCGUAGCGUUUAAUUUUAUCUUUAGUUUACUUUACUUUUACAUUUAUCAAUUAACACUUUUGUUGUUUUUUUUGUUGUUUUUUUUUGUAAAUAUUUACAUACAAAAUAUAGAAUGGAAAGAGAAUUUUUUUUUUUUUUUUUUUUAAAUUUUGGUGAUGCGGACAUUGACAGUGUUAAGACAAACGGACAUAUAUACGUUAUUAAUCAUGGUGGAAUGUGUGAUGUACCGUGGAAUGAAAUGUGGAAAUGAUUGGGACGAUAAGUGGCAUGGUGUGAAAUGGUAAGCGAGAUAUGAACCGAAACAUAUGAAAAUUAAACAAGAUGAUGGCUUUUUCCUUUCCGACUUUUCCGUGCCCUUGUGUGCCGUUUCUUUCCUGUAAGGAAAGAAAGACAUCUUAAGCAUAGACACUGUCUAGAGUCUGUGACGCCAUUGUAUAUAUACCUAUAUAUAAGUAUUUAUUUACAAAGGUUAUUUAACAUCAGCUAUCAAGAGGGAAUGGGGCAGGGAAGAUGGAGGGGAAGGAGGUGGAGGAUGGGUAAUAUCGAGUAAUACUAAUACGGUUUUAAAUUCUUUUAGUUUAACCUUAAUAUUUGAGUUUUAGUUUUUUUUAGUUAAGUAGGGUCUUGUUUUUUAGGAUUGAUCUAUUAGGGUUUGUAUUUUUGCUCUAAAUAAUGUUUCUAGUAACUUUUCUGUGCAAACAUGUUUGUUAAAAUUGGCGUUUUGUCUGCACUAUCAAAUGUGUUGUCUGUAUUCCGCCAACAGUCGGAGGCUGACUACAUGUUGGAUUUUAUUAAUUGAUUGAGGGAUAGUGUUUAAUGAAAUACAUUUAUCUAUGUUUACCGGGUGGGGUGUUCCUGCUUCUAUGAGUAUUUUUAGAGUGGCUUUAGCUAUUUGUAUUAGUUUGCAAAUGUCUUAACCUCAAGUUAAGGUUAUAUGGAAUCUGGGUAAAUAUGUGAGGCUGUAUGCCAUAACUUUCACCAUUAUUUCUUGUCCAUUGUUUGAUAACAAUUCCUAGUACUUCAUGAAAUGAUGGAAAUCUAUUUGAAUGUAUUCUGCAUGACACUUAUGUAGUUACAUCACGUAUCAUCGCAAACUUCAGGCUAAAGUUUGUCUUUCACGUCUUGCCUUGACAAAGGGAGUUUAUUAUGUUGUGGAAUACCUUAUUUACUUUUCAAAUUUGAUUAAUUCCCUUGAAUAUUGAAAUGCCAUGUGUUAACAUUUAUUAUUUCUCCCUUGAAAUUUCGUAUCAGGAUCUUAGUAUUGGUAUCUUACGUAAGGUUUAAUGUAUUUAACACUUAAAUUAACAGUUCUACUGUAUCUUUUGUUGAACAUGACAUAAAAUGUUUUAAUAAAAAAUAGAUUUAGUGACCGUCAAGUAGUAAAUUUCAGGUCUCACUGUGGCUAGUUAUGGUGUAUUAGGCAAGAAAUAGUGUGGAAGUGGGAAGGGAGGGUGAAAUUGUUUAAUCCUCCUUGGACAAUAAGAUAUAACAUAUUUAUCUUUCAUAUGCUACUAUUUUUUUAAAUUAAAACUAGAAGCCAUUAUUUUUAUUAUUUUUGUUUAUAAUAUUAUUUUUUUUAAUUGAGACAACAGCGCACCCUAUUGUAAGACAUCUGUUUCUGUUGUAUAGAUAUGUUUAAUGUAGGAUUUAUUAUAAAAAAAAAAAAAACAACUCCGCCUAUCUUAGACCACUUUUAUGGAGAUUCUCAAAAUGUGUUUAUUGAAGCAGUUCCCCAUGCCUUGAUACAAUUUAUCAGUUCAGAAUGUUUCAAUUUAUUAACGUGGUAUUUAAGUUUGCCCUCUUCAAUAAUACAAAUCUCACCUAUGUGUUGAGAAAUUAGGGAUUGGGGCAAAUUUAAGAAAACUGAAGUUUGUAUGGUUUUUUUAGUAGUAAAUUUCUUUCUUCUAUUUUGUUAUUAGUAGCGGGCCCUGAGUUGCUCACGGGCUCAUUUUGACUCACGUGUAUGUUAUUAGUAUUUAUUAGUAUUAGUAUAAGGUUGGUAGGAAUCCAUAUAUGAUCAUCUAGGACUUUUUUUUUAAUGUAAAAUUGUUGUGGGUUUUGUUCGUGAUUGUUUGGUUGGUUUUUGUUUUUUUGGGUGGGGGGGGGGGUGGGGGGUGAGAGGCAGUGUGUAGUAAAGCAUUGAUCAGCCAUUGGCUGAUGUGUGCAGCAGAAGAACGAGAGACGAAUACCCGAUCAUCGAUUUCUUUAAAAAAAAAAAUUUUCUUUUUUUUUUUUUUUUUUUUUUUUUUUUUUUUAAAUUCGCGUACCGAUACCUAAAUAUCACAACAGUGUAACGCCAUUUCUUAGAGACUUAAUGUUCCCCUUACACCGCAGUGCCAAUAUGAUUUUUAUUUCGCGACUCUUUCCCUUCAGUUUUUUUUUUUAACUUAUCACCUGUUCUGGGGGAAAAAAUGCUGGUCAGCCGUCACGUCUCUGACACGAAUUUUAUUGGACUCAAUCAAAUCAAAUAUUGAUCAAAUCAGCUGUGAUUGAUUUUAAAUCACCAUUAAGCUCAUUUCUUUUGUGUAUUAGACAUUGUGGAUUGUUGCGCAAGGGGAUUCGCAGUGGGAUCAAAACGAUUCUGGUGGCCAGGUGUUCAUUUAAUAUUUAACCGGAGUCGUAAAGCAUUUUUUUUAUUUCAUGGACGCCGCCGUGCUCCGAUUUUACUAGCAUGUCAUGUCAUGGAGGAGAUCUCUUUGUGAGUCGUAGCAGUCCAGGCAAUAAAUAUCACGGGCUUCUGCUGGGAGUUUAUCAACAAUGGAUGACGAACACUACACGCCCCACCCCAACCCCUCAAAUUGAUUUUGCGAGAGUUGAAAAAAAAUUUGACUUGAGUUGAAAAAAUUUUUAGCCAUUUUUUCAUCCCUGUCUAGCAACAUAUAAUAGCAGCUCGUGCGUGACACAACAUGCCGGAUGGGUACUAUUUUAUCCAGCUGGGAAGUUAUCCUUGGAUGUCCCGUAAUGCCUAUAGAGAUCAACCCGUGUUGCCAGCCGUCCGUUAAUGACGAACAGUCGGUAAACAUUGGAAUCAAAAUGACGUGUCUAUAAAUUUCCUUAAGAGCCUUAGGGUGUCCGUUUUAACAAAAAAUUGGGCAUAGUCCAAAAUUUACUUAUACUUGAAACUUGUUUGAUAACCAUUAGAAGUUGAAGCUCCGCGAUUGUCUUAUGACAUAGACUUCACACACAGCCGUAACAUAGUCGGCCGUCUACAUAUAUUAUGUGUGUGUCUUUGAAAAAUGUGUCCAUAAAAUAGUUUGCUUGUCCUUACCCUUCUGUUAUUAGUUUUAUGGGGGCUCAAUCCGGAUUCAUUUUUAUCAUCACCGGCUCCAGAUCAUAACACGAUGACAAAAAAAAAUAAAAAUAAUAAACGAGUCGCAUCACAGAGUGAGCGGUGUUGGUAUAAGAUUCAUCAGUAACGUAAUUGUGGAUUCUGACAUUUUAAGUUAUGGUCGACUUUGUGCAAAAAUAAGCUGACAUACCGUUCCCAGUUUUGGAAAUGGAAUAAACGUGUGCACAAUAGUGACGGAGUUAUUUCAGUUUAUUAAUUUGAUUAUUUAUUAUUUUUUCACUUUGAAAAAAUCCCUCACAUUGAGGUUCACUAUAGGGCUUCGGAGUUGGGCGCUAAUUUACAAUUUGGGCAUUAUGGAUUUCCAGAGGCGUAGUGAGGGCGUUGCAGGGGGGGGGCAGAUGUCCCCGGGCGUCAGCUAGUUAGGGGCGCCAAAAUGUGCUUUGAUAUUAUUUUAUUGAUGAAAAUAAUGGGUUUGAGGGUUGAAAAAAAGAAAAGGGGGCGUUUUAAAAUGGAUCUUGUCCCCGGGCGCCAAACACCCUCGCUACGCCUCUGUGGAUUUCCGCCUUUGUACUUUUUUUUAAAUAUUUUUUUUUUGGUUACCUACAUGAUCUUUCAAUUUUUUUUUUUUUUUUAUGUUGUUUUUAAGUAAAUUGUGAGGUAGUUGUUCUAAACACGUAUUUCAAAAUACCACUGCAUAUUUUAUCUAUAGUAUGGGCUAUUAUUGCCUAGGUGCACUCAACAGUUGGCAGAAUGCUCAGACAUGUCUGCAUUUUGUGAGCUGUGUUCGCAUUUGAUAAGCUUUGCAGUUACACGAUCGGUGCAAAACAUGUACACACCAGGACCUGAAUGUCGAACAGGCAACAUUUCAAACUCAUGACGUAACAAGUGGCAUAGAGAGAGAGUGUGUGUGUUUGUUUGUUUAUUUAUUUAUGGCAGCACUUUCAUUUGGACUGUGCCAUCUGUCACUCGUUCCGUGCUGGUGGAUUACCUUGAUUGGCGCUCGUUUAUUGGUUGGAGCACGGUACACGAGACCCUCAUAAUGGACGUGUGCGUGAGGGCCCACGAGCAAUGCGCUGGUGCCAGACAACGGGGUGGGGGGGGGGGGGGGGGUGGAGGUAGCGGGUGGUGACACCGGUUAAUGAUGAUGCUUGUGGUGAUGGUGGUACAGCUUCACGAUGGCCGCUGCUCGUGCGGCUAUUGUCUUUUUUCGGUUAAGUUUGGAGAAUGCUAGCUACUUGCUGGUCUCUCGCCAUCCACGUCUGUGUUCGGCCAAGUGACGUCUGCUGAUGUUUCAAACAGCGCAGUUGUUUUGAAAUGAGUGCCGCCAUCCCGCGACGAUCGGCAUGGCGCGAUCCGAACGGUAUUGUGUGUUGAAUGGCGAAUACAUGACUCUGACUCGCUGGUACACACAGUAGCCAGCGGAAAAACACUUUGAAGAUACCAUUUCAUUAGUGAAGUGUUUUUACGGCAUUGCAUAACAGUGAGCACGUGUGUUAACCUGAUAAACAUACUGUGUACCGUGUUGUUGAUGGAUAGAUUGUUUAUAUUUGGGAUGUGUUCGUGUUUAGACCUGGGUGCAUUUAGUUUCGUCAAGACCAGGGUGCAUUCGGUCAAUACUUAAAAAUCAUUCGGUCAGUACUAAAAAAAAAGCUAUUUGCUUUCUCUGUUGGAUUUCUUCUGUCCUCACACAUUUUUUUAAGAUUAAACUAUUAUUUGUUCUUGUUUCUUAAGUUGUAGUAAAAAUGCAUUGAGCCUUGGCUCGACGACUGGUGUUUUGAUUUCCUUUUAGUUCUAAAUCCAAGUACCACAGUUACGUCCCUUUUCAUUAAAGGCGUUUCAUGUAGCCUAAUCUCAAGCUACUGUAUCAAGAUUAUAAUUAUUAUUUUUUUUUGUUCAAACUACCUUUUGAACCUCUGUGGAGUAGGCCACAUAUCCUAAUUUUCCAGUGGGAUGCUCUGAAGCCGCCCUCAGUGUUUAAAACUUAAAACGAUAGUUGACGUUUAAAUUUACAUUUAAAUUUAAUGAAUGUGUAGUAAAGUCUUAACCUUUACUCUUCCUUACGUUACGCAAUCUCUUACACGUCACGAGUUAACGAUGGGUGGACAGAGCUUUGAUCACGACUUCUGAUGUCUUGUUUUUUGUUGUUGUUGUUGUUUUGUUGUUUUUUCUUUGUUCUUUCAAGUUUGUAUGUUGUCGUUUGUUUUUUUGGUGUUUUUUUUGUUGUUUUUUUUUUGUUGUUUUUUUUUGUUCUUUUUUUUAAAUUAAUAAACACACAAAUGAUAAUAAAAACGGGAAAGCCCUACUCCGAUUCCAAUAGACCUUUAUUGAAUAGACAGUCCAGGAGUCGUUUGAAAUCAUUUAAAGUACUCAAGGACUAUAGUAACGGCUUGUGUGUCUUACUUUAAAACAUAGCACACUGAACGUCAGAAGAAAGUCUUGUGUACAGCUUGUAUUGGUGAAUGUCAAUCUGUUACAUUUAGUUUGAUGUUAUAAAUGUAAGCAGACGGCAGAUUAUUUAGUGUUUAGUAAAAAUACUACUCAUUUUGUGAAUGGCCAAAAUGAAUGGAGCUGUUUAAGGGUAAGCUUAAAUCAUGAGGUAAAAGGUCAUAUUACUUUACUUUGCGUAUCACAAAUUGGGUCAUGGCUGGCGUUAGCCUUACACUAGUUACACUUACAACCAAAAACUCGCCUCUCCCCCCCCCCUUUUCCCCAACAACCCCCCCCCCCCCCGAAAGAAAUUAUCUUAUUAAGUGUUUAUGUUCACUGGGUUAAAUAUAUAUUAACAUUUUUUCCCAGUGCACCUAAAAUACCUAAACAACCGACUCCAAUUUGAUAAAUAACUCUUCACGCGUAAAUCCAAUGUCAGUGUUGAGUACUAUUAUUAUAAUGAUGUUUAUUAUUAUUAUGGAAUGUCAGGGUUCGGUUGUUGUAAUUAUCACGACAAUGUUGCCUCCCCGAGUGCAAGUAUUCCUCUAUUCCCUGGUUAGCGCCAAUCGAUGGGUAAUUGAUGGAUUACUUGCAGCGGGAGACGGCACGGCACAGCACUAGGAUAUCGGGUGUGUUUCACCCGAGGAGCAGGCCAAUGGUUGGUCCGAGUACUCGCUGAAGUGUGUAGAUGUAACUUCGUGUGCGUGUGUUUGUAAAGCAUGUUUUGCUGGUCUCCAGCCGGUUGAUUUGUCAGGGUCGGUGGUUUCAACGGGUGGGUCUCAAAGUGUUGGUUAUUUAAAACAGUGUGUCUUAAUCUUCUGUUUAUUUCAAUCAGUUGAUAUCUUGUAUUUUGCUCUUUUUUUUUUCCAAAUGAUUUUUUCUUUUUUGUGGAAAGGUGUUCAAACCUAAGGUCUCAGUCAGUUGGGUUGCACUAUGUUACAUAUAGAAACAAUUGAGGACAGCCAAUCAACUAUAUAAAGAAGAACUAUAUAAACAUGAAUGUGUUUAGUUUACAUAGUAGGCUCAGUGGGCUAUUUCAAAAUUCCCUACCGUGGAUAGUCAGCGUCCAGCAUCCGACCACGUAAUAUGCAAUUGCUUUACCCCGAUGCCCAUGGCAUUGUGAUGACGGCUGUACACCUAUGAACUUUUUUCCUGUGGAAAGCAUCGACAAGUUGUUGAAUGCGUUCGGGGAUAAAUAACUAAGUGUUCAGCCGAUUGGGUUCUCAGCGGUUUCAUCCACCGUUAAACAGGUCACUAUAGAUUUAUUUUUUUUAACUUUUUUUUUGUAACCCACUGCAUAGAUUCAAGAGCCUGUCUUAACAUCAGAAUCCGAGUUUGAAAGGGCAUUUUAAAGAAAUAAACGAUCCUUGCACUUUUUUAUAAAAAAAUUUGUUGUUUGUUUUAAGCCCCAUGCCAUGUUAAAAUACUAGCAUGACUUAACAAAUGGGGUUUGCGUAAGUUAUGUUAAUGUCUGCUAUAUACUUCCCAUAAUAUACAUUUUCUGGUCUCAUCUGUGGAUUCAGGAUAGUAUUUUACCUCGACACCUUCGCCGUGUCUUCUUCUCCAGUUAAUAUGAAGAAAAAUAGAUUUUUUUUUAGAAAAGAGACUGAAGUGACGAAACCGACAUUAAUGUACAUUGUUUCAAUGUAGAAUUUCAUCGUAGAAUACCCCCCACCGCAAAAGAAAAAAAGAAUUUAAAAUCCCCCACCUGUUCCCCCCUAAAUUCCCUUCCCUGGAAUUAUCAUUUCUAAAUAUGCUAUUCCCUUGUUGUUAAUAUUAGUGUCAAUUUUUGACUGAUACUGAUGUGAUAAUAUGUAUCGUUGACUAUCUUACAUGUCUUAAUACAGCAAAGAAGUCAUAAAAAAAUGGUUUGAGACCUGCGAUAAUUAUAACAGAUGCUAUCUAAAAAGGGAAGAACGCAUUAGCUCGUCGACCUGCAUUUAAAACGUCCAAAGAAUUUUUAGGAGAAAUUUUUUUUGGCAAUUUUGAUGAUUUAGUAUAGCGACGCGCUUUCAAUCAACCUUUACAGGCAAUUUUUUUUUUAAGGCUGUUUGAAGGACCUGUUCAAUAAUGUACAUGCGAAACAAUCUAUUUAAACGUGACAGUCAAAAGUAUUUUGUUUUAUCUCUUCUCUACGAUAUGUUUCUUGUGCUCCUAUCGUUGCGCUAAAGAAUCUCUAAAUCAACAUUUUGGGAUGCAUACGGAUGCAAAGUUAUUUAAAAGAAGCUGUUCAGAAAUCUCCACCCGGUGCUCCAAGUUAGUCGAGAAAGAAUGACUUUUUUUAGAACUAUGAAGUAGGACUAGCUCCUUUUCCCAAUCGGACCUGGUUUGUUCAAGGUGUCUAAUUAUGGAGCUGUACUGACCUUUCGGGCUUUUCAGCGGACUCCAGGCUGAUCCCGUGAGCACCACAGGACCUUUAAUCUGUUCAUUGUCACGUGCUCGUGUGCACGACAUUGUGUCUGUUCCUCUGGCAUUAAAUAUUCAUGGGUUUCCCGACUCUCGUCCCAUCUUUUCUUGCGGUGUUGGGAGGAAAAAUGAAAUGGAGGAUUGGGUGUAUUGAUAUGGCUGACUUAUUCCUGUCUCUCUUUCUUUUCUUUUUUUUUUACAUUGUGGGGUAUGUGGCGUUCUUUCUCACUGUCGUGAAAUAGUUGGCCUUUGACAGUCGGUGCUAUGAUUGGUCUCUGUCCGUCGGUGGAAUGGUUGGUCUCUGUCCGUGGUGGAAUAGUUGGCCUCUGUCCGUCGGUGGAAAGGUUGGUCUCUGUCCGUCGGUGGAAAGGUUGGUCUCUGUCCGUCGGUGGAAUGGUUGGUCUGUGUCAGUCGGUAUUUUGGUUGGCCUCUGCCAGUCGGUGCAGUGGUUGUUCUCUGCCAGUCGUUGAAAGGUUGGUCUUUGUCACUUCGUUGAUUAUUUGUUUCCGUCAGUUGUUGGAAUUGUAUCUCCUCUUUCAGUGGGUGGGAUAUGAGGCCUUCAAUGUCACUAUCGUGAAACAGUUGGUCUCUAUCAGUUGGUAAAAUAGUUGUUAUCUGUCAGUAGGUGGCAUUGUUUGGUCUCUUUAAGAGUGAUGGCUGGACUCUUAGUGUGUGUGAUAUUUGGCCUUCCUUGUCACUGUCGUGUAAUGUCUGUCUCUAUCAUUUGGCGGAGUUGUGUUGCUUCUGUCAGUUAGUGAACUGGUUGUUUUCUUAUAUGGAAAUCUGUAGAGUUCUUUGAUUAAUAGCUAAGUAAUCAAAUAUUAUGAUUCCGGAAUCCAGCACCCGCUUUCAGAGGCCUUCUCUAGGGCCCGACUUUACAAAUAUGCUCACACGAGUUAACAACUCAUUGUCUUAGCGUCAGAUGUUUUCGCGUUAGUAUUUUAAAUAACGUGUGGUCUUAGUAAAUUCAAAGUUGACUAUUUAAUUCGCGUGCACAGAAUGGGGGUUGUUGGUACUCUAGCGUGUUAGUGGGGCUAUGUUGGUACUCUAGCGUGUUUGUGGGGCUAUGUUGGUACUCUAGCGUGUUAGUGGGGCUAUGUUGGUACUUUAGCGUGUUAGUGGAGCUAAGCCACUGGAUGCACGUGAUUGAUUGAUUUUAGUUUUAUAUUACACUGUUUUGUAUGUGUGUGUUUUUUUUUUAACUUGCGCAGGAAUAUUUCCGUUUUGACCAUGGCAUAUUUAUUCUUAACACCUUAGUUUGCAUUUCUCGUGAUCAGUUUCUUGCAUAGAAUUUAACCUAUACUAAUUUGAUGGAUCCUCAACUUCAUGUUCGUUGCAGAUUUCCUCCACCCUUCCUCCACCCCCCCCCCCCCCCCCCCCUACCUUUUUAAUAAUUUUUUUUUUUUUUUUAAACUUUCGACUCUCAAACUAACACAUAAUUUAAAUUUGGCUUAUUCAAAGCACCAACGCUUUUUUUCAAUGAAAAGAAAUUUUGUUUAAAAAUAAAAUAAAAGGUUGUUUAAAAGAACAGUUUGCUUGUUGGAGGAGGGGAGCUGACUGUAUUUGAUGUUGUGCUGUGCGGUGGGUAAGUUUUGGUCGGCCCGGCCCAUUUCAGCCACGCAACAACUCCAGACGCUCUCAGGACACGGAGUGUAGAAAUGAGAAUAUGCAGAUGAUGUUCAUUAAGCCUCGCUUGCAUGGAAACUAGGGCAUUAACGGUAAUGGCAAGAUGGUGGUCAUAAGACCGGGCGGCGAUCUGACCGCGGUGUUGGGGAGGGGAAGCCGUGGCGUGUUGACAGCAUGGUCACCUAGUGGGAACGUUAUAGGCGUUAGUGGGAGACAGGGGAUCGAGCAGCCAGUUGUGGGAAGAAACAAAUGGGAAUUGGGUGGACAGCAAUCGAGUUUACGGUACAGUCGGUCAAAUGUGAGGCAAUAGUCGGUCAAAAGUGUAAGACAGGGGACUUCAUUGGGACAGACGGUCAAAUAAGAAAGGGAGUUCAUUUCGGUACAGUCGAAUAAGAGUCCUCAUCGGUACAGUCUGUCAAAUAUAAGAUAAAGGUCCACAUCGGUACAGUCUGUCAAAUGUAGGACAGGGGUCCACAUUGGUACAGUCGGUCAAAUCGAAUUCAGUAUUCCAAAUGUUCUUGAUUCGGUUUUGCCGCACUUGAAAAUGAACCCCAUGUCCCGUUUGUUAUAUUACAUCCAUCGGUAGGAGGAGAAAAAAAAAUGGUUGUAAUCUCCAUAUAUUAUAUUAUUUAAAUAAAUGAGCCUGCCCAAGCUUAGUUCCCUCCCUUUUUUUUUUACUACGUAUAUAAUAACCACUAGUUGAAAUGGAGGACCCCCGAUGGGAAGGGGUCAAGUGAAAGAGUUUAUAAAUGUCUUACCCUGUUUAAAUUUUUUUUUUAAAUUUAAAAACUCCUCUCGGAUUAAAUUAUGCAAAUAUUAUUUCGAUUGACGCUGUCCAUUCCGAGCCGUUACAAGUAUUUGAGAUAACCCGUGUUUACGAUCAGUCGUCGGUUGAGGUUUUGUAUCUACUUUUAUUCAUGUGCCGGUUGUUUUUCGUACAAAAUAAGUGUGUGCUACUUUUUACCGUGUUGUUGCCGAUUUGUUUGUUUGUAGUUGUUGUUUUCUGGUUCCAAUCAUUGUGUAGGAAGCUCACAGAAAGCAUCUCGCAAUAAGCACACUCCCCUCCCCCCGUUAAAAAAAUUUUUUUUUUUUUCUUCAAAGCGUACAGUUAGCUGGCGUCUUUCAUCUUCUGUUGCUGAGAUCCAUUCCAUCGGAUUAUUUGGCUACGUGACCUUGGGUGACCUUGGAUGCACAUGAAUCCUCGACCUCUAUGUGUCUUAGAAGAAUGCAUGCGCGGUUGUUGUUGUUUUUUUUUUUUUUUUUUUUUUUGGGGGGGGGGGGGUUGUUACCAAAUGUCCCUUAGGUCGAGGGUCCGCAACCUUUUAAUAAUAACGUGCUUAGUAAGGAUAUCUACUUCGUUCAGCGUGCCAAGAACCACAAGGCUUCAGUGUGUAUGCUAGAGCAAUUUUUCUUGGUCGUAUGCGUGCCAUUGGAAAUCGAUCUGCGUGCCACGUCUGGCACGCGUGCCGUAAUUUGCGGACCCCUGGUUUAGGUUAUAUCUCGUGCAGUUGCAGUGACGCUUGCUUUUAAGGCAUUGUGUGAAAUUGUCGAAAUGACGUCAGUGACGUAUUGAUUAUCUUCUGCUUUUUUUUCCCACCGAAUUUUCCCUCAUUUGACCAAAUGCUAAAAUACUUGGUGAGCGGCUGUUGACGUCUUGUUGGUGUAUGUGUGUGUGGUGGGGGGGGGGGAUAUCGAAUAUUCUCAAAUUCGAUUACUACUUUUUGUUAUCAACCAGUAGUCGUUUACUGUCACUAGUUCACUUUUUUAUCGGUUACCCAUGUCGUAUAUUAGAAAAUAUUGCUUGAAAUUAGAAAUGGCUUUUUUUUUUCUUCUUUCCGCUAAUUUUUUUUUAUAAAUUAUUUUAUGAAAUUGUUUUAUUUUGGGUUGGUUCGUGGUUUGAUUUUUGAAGUUGGCGUUGUUUUGUUGUGGUAGUUUUCUCUAUUAGUCCACCAACGCCAUGAGAGUGUGCUUUUACCUUUUACCAAAAGCAUUAGUUGUCAUUCACCCCAACUAGCUUGAAAUAACAAAACUGUAAAUCUAUUCAGAAAUUACAGAGUAUUGACUUGGCAGAUGAGAAAACUUAAUGGUUUGAUAUGUAUGGUUUGGGGGUUUUUAAUGUAAAAAUGUGUAUUUAUUUUAUUUUUUAUUCACUUAUCUCAACUUUUUGCGUAUUCUUCCCACUCCUAAUAGGCCCAUGCCUCUUGGAUAUAGCAUCAGUGGGCGAAAUUCCUAUUAUAAUAGUUUUGUAAAGAAGAUAGUGUAAAAUUAUGAUGGAAACCAAUAAAAUUAAGGAAAUAACAAAUAAUGUUUAUAAAAAAGCAAAACGUUACUAUAUCGAAGGGAAAAAUGGUUACCAGAAAGUGCAAUGACGAAAACAAAAAGUGGUUUCCAGAAAGUGGAAUGACGAAAGCAAAAAGUGGUUACCAGAAAGUGCAAUGACGAAAGCAAAAAGUGGUUUCCAGAAAGUGCAAUGACGAAAGCAAAAAGUGGUUUCCAGAAAGUGGAAUGACGAAAGCAAAAAGUGGUUUCCAGAAAGUGGAAUGACGAAAGCAAAAAGUGGUUACCAGAAAGUGCAAUGACGAAAGCAAAAAGUAGUUUCCAGAAAGUGGAAUGACGAAAGCAAAAAUUGGUUACCGGAAAGUGCAAAAACGUAAGCAAAAAGAGGCUACCGGAAAAUGCAAUGACGAAAGCAAAAAGUGGCUACCAGAAAGUGCAAUGACGAAAGCAAAAAGUGGUUACCAGAGAGCGCAAUGACGAAAGCAAAAAGUGGCUACCAGAAAGUGCAAUGACGAAAGCAAAAAGUGGUUACCAGAGAGCGCAAUGACGGAAGCAAAUAGUGGUUGCCAGAAAGUGGAAUGACGAAAGCAAAAAGUGGUUACCGGAAAAUGCAAUGACGAAAGCACCACACGAUAACGACGGUCUCGUCCCGCCUAAUGAGGCAAACUACCCAAAAAAAAAGUAAAAAACAACUGCAUCCCCAACCCGCGGACAAUGAGGCCGCUGUGGCUAGCAUCUUGGAUGCUGAAGGGAGGAGGAACCAGGGAUGAGGGAGAAACAAAUAUGCUAAACCAUUACAAGCCAACUCUCGGGAUGCUUAAAGGAAAAAGAAACCAAGUAUUAGUCGGGUAGGGGUGUCAGGGCUUGCUUGGAUGUUGAGGAAGCAAAUUCACGUGUAUUGAUUUCUCUUGUAGCAGUAUUAAAUGGAAUGGGUUACCCGUAGCGGGUUAACCUAGAAUUUGGUACGUUUGGGGAAAAGAAGAAGGAGAGAGAAAAGUGUGUGUUUGGGGGGGGGGGGGGGGGGUUAUGUCAAUGGAUAUAUUUGUUGUGGAGUCGGGGAGGGCUAUAACAGCUAUGUUCAAGGGAGCGAAGUGUGAGGAAGUGGUGUCAUUGACAAGAGACUACUGACCGGUGGAAGGCUUCGUAUCGUAAAGAUAAUUUUUACUGAACUGUGACAUCUUGCAUUUGGCAAUUUCAAGUUGGGUCUUUUGCUGUGCAUAGACAUAUAAAGCCAUGACUUUCUGAGUGGUCAAACUAAGUGUAGUCAUCCAGUUGCGAAAAUGUUUAGGACUCUGACCCAUGUUUAAUGUUGUGAAUUUUAUUGGCCUGUGUUAGACCCAAGUAGGGGUAGAGGCUUGCGUUGAACUUUACAAUCUUGGGUUAAACUCAAGGACGGCUAGAGGAAUCUGUUGAAUCUCACAAUCUUGGGUUAAACUCGUGUAAAAGGUAAAAGUCUAUUAUGUUGAACCUUUGGCGGUAUUUCACGGAGGGGGUACACAACAACCCCUUCAGCGCAACCGUUCCCAGCGGGGCGUGCCUUAAAAUGGGCACUGACAACAACUGGCGAGCCCCCCAACAACCCCUUACGUACCCCCCCCCCCCACAAGCUGGCCAAUAGAGGCGUGUCUAAGUUUGAGUACUGGCAAUUAUUGUCCCCUUGUCAUGAGAGAGGGGGUACACAACAACCCCUUCAGCGCACCCGUUCCCCGGGGGGCGUGCCUUAAAAUGGGCACCGAAAACAACUGGCGAGCCUCCCAACAACCCCUUACGUACCCCCCCCCCCCACAAGCUGGCCAAUAGAGGCGUGUCUAAGUUUGAGUACUGGCAAUUAUUGUCCCCUUGUCAUGAGUGUCGCCUCUCGCUGAGCAUGCACGCGCGACGCAAUUACCCUCCAAAAUAGCCUAUUUAUUCUCCCUUGAACUUAGCCCGCAAUCUUAGAAUGGUGGAGAAUCCUUCACAUUGGAUCUUUCUUACUUCUGGUCAAUUUCGCUGGCGAUCCACAGCUGCCCGUGCGUCUGGUGUAGUCUAGCAAGUGGCUGUAAAGUGAUCCCAGCGGUAUUUUUCGUAUGGAAUUUUAUUUUCAGAUCAUUGGUGGAGAAUGAAAGUAGGUGCGUGACUUCCUGAAAUGUGUUGGGGGCAGUUUACGAUAUUCGGUGAGAAAUGCGAUAUCUCAACGCACACUGCUGUUUAAUGAGGUGUCCACGGACUUCAUGUUCUGUUGGAUAAAAACUUCAUCAGUUGAUACUGGAUACUGAUUGAUAUUAAAGGCAGCUCGGUGGGAGGUGAUGUUUCGGUUGGAAACAAAUAUCUGAUCCAGGGUUUGCUUUAAGCCAUGCCAAGCGGUGUAGUGACAAUGAAGCUUGAGUUUGUUUUUUAAUCUGAAAAGUGCCGUGAAAUUUCGAUUUCCGAAUGUGUCAUUUUAAUAAUUUAUGACAACCUCAAAGUCACUUUAUAUCCCGUAAUGAAGUUGUAGAUCCAAGGUCAGAGCUUGUAAACCUUGACCUACUUGCAGUAGCGUAUGAAAGGGGGGGGGGGGGGCCGCCCAGGGUGGCACUUUUUUCAUUAAUAUUGAGGGGCGGAAUUUUCAGUCAACUGCUUGGGGGGGGGGGGUCCAUGGAAGGGGGUGGCAAAAAUCUUGAUCCUACCCAGAGGGCAUUAACCCUAGGUAGGCCACUUGCUUCUUGUUUAUCAAAUACUUAAAUUGCUGGUAAAUAAAUUGUUCAUAAGUAACCAUUGGUUGUUGAUACUAGUCAUUGUUUUUAAUAUAUCUGAAUUUAGGCAAUGACUACUGUUGCCCACAGUUGAUAACUAAGUUUACGCCUAAAAGCACACACACAAUUAUUGUACACAUAUAAGUUUUGAUUGGUUACAAAAAAUGUGAGGGGGGAAGAUUUUACUAUGUCAAGUUAAAAGGAUAAAACUUCUAUAGGCUUCUCUAACCAUAUUUGUUAACUUUCCUUUUUUAUCUUUGCUUUAUUUCUCCAAAUCUGGUGAAAGAUUAAUACUUGAAAUUAAUACCCAUGCAUUUCUGACGUAACAUACUUUGCUUAAUACUGUGCACACUCUUGAGCAAGUCAGGCUCUUCUGCCAUGAUAAAUAGCAGAUGCUUCCCAGAUGUGCCUAUUACAGCCAAAGUACACAACCCAUUACUUCUAUUAGACUUUUCCUGUUAACAAACCAUCAAGAUGGGGUGCAACAUAAAAUAAUAUUUCUUGUGAGGAUUUUUUAGUUAAAGCUUUUGUAAGAUUAAGGAAAAGGUGAAAUUUAUAGAAAUCUGCUUUAAACAACACCGGUAUUUGAAAUUUGUUAACCAGUUUUAAGAACUUCUAUUUUUCUUGCACAUUAAUUGCUUUUCUAAUAAAUAUUUCACAUAUUUUUUUUUAAUGCUGCACUGUAUAAGACUACUAGAGAAUUAGCUCUGACUCAAACAUCUCUAGACCUUCUAACUGGUGGAAGGUGAAUCUAAACCAGUCCUGUUAAGCUUCCAGCCAGGUACCAAAAGGCUGGCUAGAGAUAAGUUAACCCAGGUGUGCCUGGAAUGUAGACUGCUUGUAUUGCUUUCCUCCUGUCACUACUCUGUGAAGCCUAUGAAUUUUGUGAAGUAAAAAGAAAAAAGGGAAAAAAGUUUGUUAAAAAUUGUGUUCCAUGCUCUGCCAGUUAGCCACUCCUGUGUGUAGGAAAUUCUUUCCAAGUCUAUAAGAUAUUUCCCUGGGUUUGAUUCUUGUGUAUUUCUGGAUGUAAUAUUUACUAGCUGGGAUGUUAUACUUGGUUGUUUUUUUUAUUUUCAAACUGGUUAAGUCACGAGUUGGGAAGGGGGGGGGGGCAGAAGAAUACCAACAGGUCAAUGUAUUAUGUGAACAGUUAUUGUGUUUGUUGGCCUGGAGUCAAACAUUCAUCUUGUGUAUUUCUGGAUGUAAUAUUUACUAGCUGGGAUGUUAUACUUGGUUGUUUUUUUUAUUUUCAAACUGGUUAAGUCACGAGUUGGGAAGGGGGGGGGGGAAGAAGAAUACCAACAGGUCAAUGUAUUAUGUGAACAGUUAUUGUGUUUGUUGGCCUGGAGUCAAACAUUCCAUGACAUGCCAAGUUGUCUGCACUCCACAAGGAUAAAAUAUCAAGCAGGGCAGAAAAUUUAUUGUUAUGAUAACACAUUUUAACUACAUUGUGUGCUUUACUUACCUUCAGCUCUGGAUUAUUCACCUCAUAAUCACAUUUGAUGUUGAUUAGAUUGAAAUUUGAAGUGAUCAUUAAAUAUCUCUAUGUCUUAAAUUUCCUUUAAAGUAAAUUUUUUAAAACUUUAUGCUGAAAUUAUGUGUCAUUAAAUUGGGUUUUGGUGAUGGGGAUAUGUGCCCUUGGUUUAAAUUCUUCUGUACUGGAGAGUCGUAGGUCAAUCUUGUAUUUAAUUUUCAUUUUAAAUAUUCUUAAUAGUUGAAUAUUUUUAUUUGAUCAGUUUUCUAAAUAAUGAGAUUGGUUACAACUGUUUUAUGAACUGACAUAAUGAACACUGGGGCAAGUGAGGACUGGUGCCUUCAUUUUGUAAGCACCAAUCUUACCAGCAGCAGACAUCUCUCCAAUGUCUUUUUAGAAUGCGAACAGAUGUUGUUGGGUUUUAUUUUGUGAGGUUUUCCCUGGAGCUUAAUAGUUUGUGCUAAUUUGGUGUUUUAUUGCAUCCAGUUGCAUUUCUGUUGAAUUAUAGCUGUUUGGUUGACUUUUAAUCUUGUGAGAUUACUGUUUUGGACUUCCAUCUUAAGGAAUAUGUGUUAAAUUGUUUCAGUGACAUUUUGCAGCCGAUGAAGAAUGUUUAAUGCUUUGUUCUACGUUCAAGUUGGAUGGAACGUUUAAGUGCAUCUUUACAAACACUGUUAAGUACUUGAUCAGUGACAAGUAUAGAUUUCCCAUUACUUUUAACAUUCUGCUGGAUAAUUCAUGUGAACAUACAAAGCAACUGUCCCUCACCUGUGUUGGAUACUUUAAGGAUAUUGUCAUAACUUUCUCUACAUGGAGAGGGCGUGUUUCCUAUCUGUACAAACUGUGAUAGUGACAUGCGAAUCAAGGCUGGGGAGACCAAUGGGCUGCAGGGAAACAUGGAGAGCAAUCCCAUAAUGCAUGAGACUUUGCCCCAAGGCAGGAUGGGACGGCUGAAGAAGGAAGUCACCUCUGGGCUCAGCGACAUCGAUUCUCUGGUAAUAUUGAUAUUGAACAGCCCGCAUUUACCAUUUUAAUCCAAAAUCUAUUUUAUUUUUCCAUUGCAGAUGUGACAUAUGAUCAUUCCAUAAAUUCCUCAAGGCCUUGUUAAAUAAUAGAGAAAAAAGAAAUCGUUUCAAUUAAACUGGGCUUGAAUUUGCCUGUUCACCAGAUGGAACAAUCGCUGCACACCUUGAGAUAAGAACAGACACAGCUUUUUUCUGGUGGUUGACCAGUAGAAAAAAGGGAAUUACAUAAAAUCACUUUUUGUAACCACAACGAUGUAAUAAUUUUAUAAAGACUAAUGAAUCAAGACAAACGUGUCUCAAAAACUGUGAGUUUAGGUUCAACAAAGGCUACAUUAUGCAUCUGGGGCAAAUCUCAUAAAGAAUUUGAGUUCGGAACUCAUUUACUGUGGUUUUGUGGCCAGUCAUACUGACAGAUUCUCUUGUUUUCAGCGGUAAUGAAAUCGAUCUUGUUCACCUUGAUACAAAUGUUCUGUUAUUCUUACACAGGGUUCUGCGGAUUCCAACUACAGUCAGCCAUCAUCAGAUAUUUCACUAGAUGAAGAGAAGGAGGCACUACGACGUGAAACUGAGAAACAAGCGCUUUCUCAGUUAGAAAAAGCUAAGGUAAAGUGACAAUAUUAGUAGUAUAAUGGUAUUGGACUGCAUCAUCGUUGCUUGUUUUAUCAGGCAAAUAACAUGCUAAUGAAAGCAAUAGGCACUAAUUGUCAUAGGGUUCACUUUGAUCUAUUAAAUAGUCAAUCUCUAAAAAUGAAUGAAAUAACUGAAUUGGCAGCUUUGAAAGGAUUUUGAACACCGGCUACAUGUUUAAAAAAAAAUUUUUUUUUGUUUUUUUUUUAAUUCAGAACAUGAAUCUUCAGCUUUAACUUUUUACUAGGAUACAUAAGGUAAUCUUUGCUACUAGGCGACAUUCUAUUAAAGAACAAUGCUGGUCCACAAAUGGUAAUUAGUGAUAUUUCUUUAUUAUUAAAAAGAGUGCAUUUCCCUUACCUUGAACCAGUGGCAUAGUCAGGGUUGGUGUCACCCAGUGUGGUAAACUCAUGGUGUCACUUCCCCCCUCCCUCCCUCUCCUCCCACCUAAACUCAUGGUAUCAAAACACCACCACCCACCCCCCUUUCCCCUCAACUUCCAGGAUGGGUUUCUUCUUGUUACAAUAAGUCCACAGUACAACAAUGAAAAAAACAAACAAAUUAAUUGAUAGUCAGGAGUUUAAUUUUUUUAAGAGCAUAUAAAUAGAAUUUCUCUCUCUCUCUCUUCCCCCCCCCCCCCCUUUACAACAUCUUAUUUGCCAUCAAUGGAAAGCUUUAUUUCUCAGAAUUAAGAUAAAUAUAGCUUCCUGUUUCUUACGAAGAUUACCAACACUUAAUCAGCAUUGAAUCAUAGUAAAAACUGUGCUUUUCUGACCUAAUAAUAGAGUCAUCUCAUUUAUGAUGCCGCAACCUGGAACUUACAAUAAAGCAUGCAUUUUGAUUCAUUAUAUGUGUGGAAAAUUUAUGUGUGAUCGGUUUUCCUUUUAUGAAAUUUGGUUAGACCAAGCAGUGUGGGCUCUGUAAAUAUGCAAAUUUUCAAUUUGGUGUCACCCCUUGAGAUGAUGUAACCCGGUGCCGUCCACACCCACAACACUCCCAUAGCUAUGCCACUUUGAACAACAAAUUUUGAAAUAAACCACAAUGGCUUUAAAAAUAUUAUUCACUGCUAAAUAUUUUAUAAUUUGCUAUUGAAAUUUGGUCAAAAUUAAUAUGACUGAAUUUAAAUAGUUUAAAUAGAUGGGUGCCUAAAGAGACAUUUGACAGGCUUGAGAAUAUAAAAUCACAAUAAUCAAGUGUUACACAUAGAGUGUGUAACUUAGAGAUGAAACAAACUAUAAUAGUUAACUGUACAGUCUAUGUGCAGUCUGUUGCCAUCCACAGGAGAAAUUAUUGUACAAAUUAGUGGUUUCCUUGUUGCAGUUGUAACACAUGUCCUCCUUCAUGCAAUUACAUAAAAUACAUCAUACAUAGUUUUAUUUAUGCAUAAAUAUAAUGCCAGCUGGGACAUUGGGUGUAGUACACCUGCCUGUCACUUAAAGGAACCUUUUCUCCAAUCUCCAUUUUAAAAAAAUUGUGUGUCCUUUUUUAAAAAUAAAAUAUAUGUGACACCGUAAUUAAGUUGUAAGAAAUAAAUAUGAUACAAUAAAAAUGAGAUCUGUUGUAAUAUGAAUUGUACUGCUAUUUUGAUGGGUCAUUUCUAUCAGUUUUAGAAUUGAACAAACACAUUACAUUCAUGAAAUACAAGCAUAAAAAAAUGAAAAUUCUUUUGAAUAUUGGAAAGAAAAAAAUCCAAGACCUUGGUUCAUUUUCAGGUUCAUUAUGUAUCAUCAAAAUUAUUAUUUUAGAUUUCAUGUUAUUCAACUUCUAAAUAUAUUGACUUGAUAACUCUCAAUUAAAUUUGACUGGUUAGGCAUAAACCUAUUGCACUUUAAUGAACUCAUUUUAAGAAGAAAUGAAACAAAAUUAUAUCAAUUUUUUUUAUUUUACUUUAAGAAAAAUCUAAACACAAAUUUAUAUAAUUUAGAUUAGGAAAGCAAGUUGGUAACAAUUAAAUAUUUGAAAUUUUGUUGAUUGUUAUCUCAUCCCACCAAUAUUUCAGCAGCCACACUUUGAGGGUUCAUUUAAAAUUCUAAGCAUACUUUUAAUAUCAUCAAUUUAUCUCUUGAAGAAAUCCAUUAUCCUUUUUUCUCUCCCCCAUAAUGCUUUCAGGCCAAACCUGUUGCGUUUGCUGUAAGAACCAAUGUGUCCUAUGAUGGCUCUGCUGAUGAUGACUCACCUGUCCAUGGCUGUGCGGUGUCAUUUGGGGUCAGAGAUUAUCUCCACAUAAAAGAAGUGAGGCUUACAUCAUUAGUUUCUUAAUUUAUUAUGUCCAUGACUCAAAUUUUCAGUCUUAACCUUGGUCCUAAGUUCAGGGUAUAAUGCAUGAUCUGACCCUAUAAGUGCAAAAUGGAUGUUUAGUGUCCAUACUAAGUUAUUCUUUUUACACUUCACAUCAUAAAUUGUUUAUUUCUGAUAAAAUCUAUUGCAAGGUUAGAAUAUUCCUCUUACAGUUUAUGAAAUCCCGCCUCCGUCUGCCAACCUUUUGUUUUUCAGUGUAAAUGAAUUGUUUCAAAACUCUUUUUCUCAUUAGCUUUUGUGUUUCAUUCUUAUAGCAUAAUUAGAACUUAUUUCAUUCCUUAAAUAUCUUUUAAACUAAUAAACAUACUGUUUAAAAUUUCAUAAAUGUAACAAAAUUGUACUUCAAUACUGUGUGGUCGCUUCUAGCGCUAAACACUAUUCAAGGAACUCUAGUUAAGAAUGAGGGUUUGAGAAUAACUGGCUUAAAAUAUAUGUGAUCAGAACUAAGGUGUUAAUAGAUUAUACUCCCCCAUAUUUUCUUUUUUGGCACACCACCUAUUUAUUUUACUAUCUGUAGCCUCAAAACUUCCCUCAAUAUGCAACUGUAUGACCGGAAAUACAUUAUUAGAUCAUUCCCAUUCAGAUUAGCAAGUGCAGAUAUUGACUAAAAAGCACAAAAAUUAGACUGUCAUUUCUUAGCCUUGUGCCAAAUGAGGUAAUUAACCAAUAAAUAGUCUUGCUUUUAAUAUGGCAACAAAUGAAGUUAAAUUAUACAGGCCUACAGCUGAUUUUUUUAAUGUUUUCAUUCCUUUGUUGGUAUAGACAUUAGCAUAUUGUGUGAGGAGUAUGGGAACUUUAAGGGGGGGGGGGGGGGGGGGGUGUGUCUGAUGUGUAGAUUAAUAUAGCUAAUGCCAUCACAUAAGGGGAUGGAGUUCUGCACAAGUGUAAAGGUUUACAUUAUUUGGCAAGUUUAGACAUUUUUUAAUUACUUUGACUAUAAAAGGCAAAAUUAAGAGAUGUGGUCCUAGUUGCUGGUUAUCAGUUACUGCCAGGGGUCCAACUUGGGUUUUAAAAAACUGUAGCCACAAAGUUAAGUUAAACAUCAAAUCCAUAUCAAAAUUGAAACAGAACUGAAUUACACAGCUUUAAGUAGACUAACCCUUAUUGCUAAUGGAUUGGUAAGAAUUUGCCAUAAAACAUGGGUAGGACCACCAUUCAAUGUCUUAAUCACUGAUCAUAAAAGAAAAUGUGAUUUUUUUUGUAAACUUAUACAAGAACUUGCUGCAAUUAGAUCAUUUGCUAAUAAAAGGAAUGGUUUAAUUUUUCCUUUCUUUCAAAGUGUGUACAUUUGUGAAUAAUUACAUUUUGAACUUUAAACUAGACGUUGUACUUCAAGAAUUAUAAGACUCACUUUGAACCGAUUCAUAUGGUUUAAAUAUACAUUCUUUAAUAACUCCACACAAAAAAAUACAAACUAUAUAUUUUAGAUGACGGUAACUUGUUCAGUAAAUCAGUUUUCAUAGGAUGAAUACUUCAAGGAGGUAACAUGUCAGCUUGAGUGGUCGCGAGAGGGGAUAUUUAUGCAUAAAUUCACAUGACUUCACAGUGACAAAGAGGGGCUUUAACAAUUCAUUUGUAAAGAGAGCAACAGAAAUUCUCCCUCUCAGAAAAUCUCUCCCUUGUUCCAGCUAUGCAUUCGGUGUUUCAUCGAACUUGUCAUUUGGUAUUCUUGUUUCUGUCAUCUGCUAGCUGUAAACUGUUUCUGUGAGCUUCUAGUCUUGAUAAUUAUUUUUUUAAAAUGUAAUCUAGCUUUUCAUCACUAAAUAAAGGUUUUAUAAUAUAAAGUUGUUUUUGUUCUGUUCUCAUCAGAAAUUCAACAAUGACUGGUGGAUAGGUCGUCUUGUAAAGGAAGGAUGUGAUGUGCGGUUUAUUCCCAGUCCAGCCAAACUAGAAAAUCUAAAGACACAGUCAGGAGGAGGGGGGAGGCAAGGCAAGCUCUAUACAAGGUGAGUUCAUUCAAGUCUUAUUUUAGACCCUUGUUUUCUCUUUUUUGUGGACUGGAGUUAUAAUUUAAUGACACUGAAAUUAUUUAAGGAAUUAUUUCAGAUGUAACAUAUUUUUUUUUUUUUAAAGGAAAAUUUAUUUUUGUAAUAAUUUGUACUUCUUUAGCUUAUGUAAUUAUGCUUUCCUUGGUUCUGAAACAUGUAUAUAACUAUAUACAUUUUUAAAUCUUAAUGUUUCUCAGAAUUAAAAUUUCUUUUCAUCAUUUUUUUUUUUAAAUAACCUUUUUUAAAACAAAUUUUGGAAGGUCAUGUGUUAAACUAUAAUGAAUCCAUGACUUAAAUGUUUCCAUGACCUAAGAUCUACCCUUAUCUAGUCAUUUUUAAAGAUAAUAAAGUCUAGAAUGUUUUAAAAUUAAUUAAAGAAAAUAUUAACUGAUUUUUUGGAAACAUCUGGUCAGCUUAGUACAUCUGAUGCUAUCAAGUUAAGGGGUCAUUUACUUAAACUCUCUAUAUUUAAACCAAUAGUCCUAAUGGAAAGUACUAGACACUUCAAAUAAAACUCACACAAAGCUACUGAAAGAAUGAGUGACAUUUAACACCACCCCCUCCUCAUGCACACACUUUUUUUUUACCCCACCCCAUCCAGCCCAAUGCUAAAAGAAAAACUAUCAAGACACCCAGUGCAGGCAUAGGAAAAUCAAUACACAAUAAAGAUUUUUCUUUUAAUGUAUUACCCUGCCUCCUUUCUUUUUCCCCUGGCUUGUAUUCAUUCUUGCCAUGUGAACUUUUUUUUAAACCCUCUUAUCCUUUCUGCCUUUUAUUGCUACACAGCAUAUUGGUUUUCUUGUACUUAGUCUUAUUUGGCUAUUUUCCCCUGAUGUGACAUGUGCUGAUAAAGCCAGCUGCUCCAGGGCAAGCCCACCACAGACAGUCUUUAUUUGCCCUUGGGAUGUAGAGCUUGUUAGGGCCCCCAUCGAACCAAUCCGAUAGAUCAUAUAUUUUUAUAAAGGAAAGUUUAGGAAUAUGUUUAAAGACAAUCACUGUUUCUGUAUUGGGAGAUACGACUUUUUCAUUCUUUGUUUUCAUCACUUCUUAACUUGACCAUUUUUAUUAUUUGGUUUUAAUUUCCCUUAAGAACUUAAUGCGUCUUUUGUCAUUUGUAAUUAAGUUAGUCUUAUUGCCAACCUUUUUUUUUUUUGCUCUUAAUUUUUCUAAAUUACUUUUUUUUAAUGGCUUAAACAAAACUUUUUUUGUUGUUUUUUUUUUCUCUCUAAUAUUUUAAAAGCAUUUUUAAAUUUUUUCAUGUCAUUUGAUUUUAAACCCUAAACUUCAGCUGGUAUCUCCAAAAGUAAGACUUUUGUUUUUAUGUUUUUAUCUCAUUACUUUUGUUCCCCUCCAGAUGUAAUGUGUUUUUUUUUGGGCUUUUUUUUUUUCUAGAGCGCUGUGAUUUCCCUAAAUAUGGUAUAAAUAUGUAUUGGUAGUUAUGCAGAAUAGCAGGGAGCGGUUGUGUUAUAUGCAUUGAUGUGGAAAGUCUGAAUCUGGAAGGCAAUCUAAGCAUGACUCAUUCUAGUUCAUGGUUCAUACUUUGUAUCGCUCAUUUUAUGUCAACUCUUACUAGUAUAUGGCUCAUGUUAGCUCAAGAUUCAUUCUAGCUCGUGGCUUAAUCUCCCUGUGAACCAAAUAGCUCAUUACCAUACUAGUUCAUUACUUAUAAAACAAAUAGUAACACUGUGUAGUUCUGUAUGCAUGAUAUUGCUUUUAAAACAUAAACACCUGUUCUCUCAAUGGCCCACAAUGUUAAAUAGAAACUCUCGAAAUUGACCACAAAAAAUUCAAUUUAUUAGUUGUUGUCUAUUUGGGAAAAAUAAGAUGUGUAUACAUUGAUCAACAAAGUGUGGUAAAAAUAUUUUUAAUUGCCUGAUUAAAGCAAUAAUUCUAUUUCUAGAGGACAUUUAAAUAACUUAAUUUAAACAUGAGUAUUUAUCAUUUCUAGCUGUUUUUUAAUCAAUUGAAAAUUUUAAAAAAAUCAAAUAUGUUUCAGUGCUUUUCCCUUUUUUACUCAUAAAUUAGCCAUGCAUUUUCUUUACUUAAAAAUUAGACUUUUCCUCUCUUUAUUAAAAGGCUAUUCACCCAAAGUUCUGUUUUUAUGGCAUUUAUGGGUUUUAUGCAUCUACAGAAGCAGUAUUUUUUUUUAAAUUCAUCUUAACAAGGAUUUUAUGUGUUAAUUUAUGUUUUUUAAAAUACAUUUGAAAUUGUACAAAGUUUUUUUUUAAAAUUAUUAUUUAUGAUAUUAGGAUUCCUUUGACUUAACUACCUUAUUUUUGUCUUCAGCAAAACUAAUUCAUCUUCCAACAUAGACAACCUGUUGAAUUCCUCUAAACCUUCAAACUCCAGGGGCUCCACACCACCAACCCCAGGUAAACUGCAGACUUUAUUUACAUAAGUCUUUAGCUACCAUCAACUCUUAGGUUGUGUUAACUAUUUAUAGACUUACAAAAUGGACCAUUUGCCGGCUCCACAUUGAAUGAUGCCUUCCCACACUAACCAGCUUCUGACAAUCACAGACACAUUGCUGCAUUGAUCCAGUUUAAUUUAAAGUUAUUUCUAUAGGGAUCCUAUUUUUAUGUAUUCAGUUAUUGAAUUGGAUAAUAGUGUCAGCAGGCUUUGUUACUUGGGGAUAGAUUAUCCACAUUUUGUGAGAGGAUGUACAGAGAUUAUCUGAGUUGGGUGUUUUGGUGGUGAUACAUCACAUUUCCUGAUGUGGGGUGUUGGUGGUGAUAGAUUAUUAACAUUACCACAGGUGGGGGGUUUGGUGGUAAUACAUUAUCCAAAUUUCCUUAGGUGGGAGGCUUGGUGGUGAUAGUCUCCACAUUUCCUGAGUUGGGUGGAUGGUUAUGUUAUCUUACAAACAAGGAGUUUCUAAUCCCAUUUUCUAAUUAGAGCUCUAAUCCCAAUUUGGCCUUGUAAUACACCGAACAGAACAAUCAGAUGAUACCCGCUAAACUCCCGCUAAAAUAUUUUAAAAGCAUGAGGAAAAAGAUAAGAGUUAAAUGGCAUUGGAGAAAAUUAAUUAAAAAGAAACAAUUUUAGGCUGCACACAAACACUUAGAGAAGCGCUCGGUUAGAAAAGGCAAGAAAAAAACAAAUUCUCAAAUGGAAACAACCCAUCAUAAAAUGUAUACUAACAAAAUUUUACCAUCUUGGCCAAAAGUAACUGAUUAGUUCUAAUAAAUUUAUUUAUUUUUAAUUGUUUAAAGUUUUCUACUGAAUAAUAGGGUAAAAAAUCUUAAUACGCCCAUGAGAAUUGAAUAAUUGCUAUUUUGCUUUUAAAAUUAUCCAUAAUCAUGUUGCUGCAUAUAUGUAAUGGAGUACAAAUAUUUAGAAAUAAGUAAUGAAACUCAAUUUCUUUACGUUUUAUUUCACUGUCAUUUACCUGUUUUAUGGCCAACAUGUCUAAAUAAUUUCUUUUAUUGAACAGGUGUUCAAUUUGUAUCUCCAGGUAUAGAGGAGACUCAGAACGGUGUGGACAGCAAUGUCGGUGAAGACAGUGACAGCUUGGGGAAUUCCAAGUCCAGUAAAGCCAGUAUAACACCUCCCACCAAGGAGAAACGGAAGCCUUUCUUUAAAAAAGUAUCUAUUAUUUAACUCACUUUGGGACAGUUUCUUUUUUUGUGUUUAAGCUCUGUGGUUUUCCCAGGAUGAACAGCUUGAUUUGUGUGUGGGGUUGAACUGCGAUAAAGCUUAUGUAGAUUAAAUAGACUGGCAAUUUAUUUUUAAUUCUUAUAAUGUUUUAUUUUGUUUUAGUGAUGAAGACAUGAGCCAAAAUGUUAGGAUUUGUAUUUCAUCCAUUAAUUGAAGCACAACCAUAGUUUUACCUACACAAAUUGUUAGUGCCUAAUAAUUAAUCUGUUAGCUCAGGGCCUUUCAAUAUAGUUAAAUGCAGACGGUGCUGAUUUGGUGUAUUGAUUUCAAUAUGAGAGAGACGGCUAGGAAGAAUGAUAUCAUUGACCCGAAAUGAUAUCUCAAACAGAACGGAAAUGACAGAAAAUUGUAUGCCUGCAUUUCAACAUUAAGCAUUUCAUUAUAAUAUACACCCUUGUGGCAAAAUGACUCAGUGGUAGGUGUGUGAGGACAACUCUCAUAUGAGUGUCACGUCUGCUCAUGUCUAGAGGUUUUAUGUUAUAUCAACUUUGACACACUAAGGGACAUAAUUACCUAUUCAUUUGUCCCUAAUUAGUGAGAAAUUCUUAACACUUAACACAAUUUCUUAAAUUAAAUUAACUUAUUUAUUUACAAAUAAAUUAUAAUGGUUAAGGAUUUGAAGAAAAAAAACUUGCAUAUAAUUUAGUCUGGGUUCUAUAGAUUAUGGACAUUUGCUUCCUGUGAUGCCUAACAUUUAUCAUAAUGGUUGAUUGCUUUGUAUCACAAUUCUUUGUGAUUAGACCAUUAAUACUUAACUUAUCAAUCAUAAAUUAGUUUUGAUAAUCCACUUGAUCAAUCAAAUUGUGAGGUCACUUUAAUGUUGAAAGUGUUGUUUUACUGCAUAGUUCAAUUCACGACUCAAAGCAAUAUAGUGAGCGAUUUACUUGAACAAACAAUCAAAGGGGAGUAAUUCAGGCGGAAACAAUAAAUAGGGGGGGGGGUCUAAAAAGGUGUUUAAAUAAAUUGAAAAUUGAAGGAACAGCUUAAUUUCAUCUCAGUAUGCACCAAAAGUAGUCGUACGGAUACUCCCGCAUCUGGAAUGUGUUUGUGCGUCGGCCAUCCUGGCAUAACUCCAGCCGCCACGUGUUCAAAGAAGUGAAAAGGAUUUUAAGUUGGGCAGUUUUAGUUACAAAUGAAAAAAUGUAUUCAUAGUUGACCACUGUUUUUGCUCGUACAUAGUGAUUAAGUGAUGUGAAAGUGGACCCUGUUUGAAUGAAGGUGGCAGAACAAUUCCAAGGGAGAUUUAAUAAGAUGGCACCAAGUAACACAGUUAUGCUGUCUUUUUUUGCAACAUUUUGCUGCUUUGAAAUGUGUUGUGUCAAUUAAUGGAAGUCUGAUCAACAAUUACGUUUUUCGAUGAUAAGAAUCUUGCCCAUGUUCUCCUAUGAAGUCUACAAGGAACAUUCUUCAAAAUGAACGUCAGCAAUAUGUCUGUUCACUGAUUGUUUAAGGAUGUAGAUACAUUUUUCUAACUAAUACAGGAUAGACAACACUUGGCGGAGCCAGGAUCUUGUAUUUUAUAAAUUUCUGGCUAUGGUGUAAGAGGUUACAGUGUUUUUCCUAUGAAAAUCACUGUCGUUAACAGAUAUAUCAGACUUCCCCUUCUGUUGACAAAGAACCUUCCCAGAACCGUCUUACUUUGUGCCUUUUCUAAAAUCUCACUUGGAAUUGUGUGUUCCAUAUUUUGUCAAAACAUAGUCACCCUUUAGACGCAUUAAUGUAUGAGCAAAAAUAUUGCUUAACUUAUCUAUGAAUAAUUUUUCUUUCGUGGAGAGACCAAUCUUGAACAAAAACUGACCAACAUAUAAUCAUUUUCAUUUCUAUGGUCAUGUGGCAGCUGGACCUGAGCGCCAUUGACAAACGUAAGUAAAUGUUCAAACUGGGGGAGUUUCAGUACUGCUAGUUUUGUUGCAUGUGAGGAGUAAUAUCUGGAAGAUAAUCAAGUUUUUUUUUACUAUUGAAGUAUUUGAAAAUGUGCAAAUUUAGACAUUGUUUUUUGUUCAUUUAAAAAUAUGACGAAUCUAGGUUAUAACCCAGUUGAUGAACUGAGACAGUUUGACAUGACUGUACUUUAACAUUUUAUAUCAGUUUGUUAACUUUUACUCAUUAAAAUCCAUUAGUCUGAAAGCGCCCCUCCUUAUGAAGUUGUGCCUUCCAUGCGCCCAGUAGUUUUGAUUGGACCAUCCCUCAAAGGUUAUGAGGUCACUGACAUGAUGCAGAAGGCAUUGUUUGACUUUCUCAAGCACAGAUUUGAAGGCCGGUCAGUAGCUAUAUAUUUCCUGGCAUGCGAAUUUCCAAAAAGCUGCAUAUCAUUCUGUUUUGUUGUUUUUGUUUUUUUUAAACCUAUUAAAUUAUAGUGCUUUUGGUGUAGUCAAUUUACAGUUAAAUUCUUUCUUUUUUUUAUGUUAUUUAAAUAUCAAUUAGUAAAUUUUAAUAUACAUCUCUAUUGUUUAUCUUAUACAUAUUCAUUAACAUUUUUGUUAUUAAAAAAAAAUUAUUUUACUAUUUUAUUAAAAGCCAUUAAAAAUGAUGCAUAAAAUUAAUUGUAAAAUGUUAAUACUCAAUCCUAUGAAAAAUGUGAAUGAUAACUGCAAGCUUUAUACAAGAUAACCAUUGAACCAAUUUUUCUAGAAUACUUUUUUUUUUUAAAUUAUGCCAAACUAAGUUAAUAAGAUUUGAAGAAUUAUACUUUGCCUCAUAUGCACUCACCACUUGAUGAAAGCAUGGACUGACUGUUCACAAUAUCUUUACUCAGUAUUGUUAUGGGACUCAACUAGUUGGAAGUUUUUUUUAAUUGAUUAUGUCUUUCUGACCCUCUUCCUCCCACCACUUACAGUAUAAUAAUCACAAGAGUUACUGCUGAUAUCUCCUUGGCCAAGCGAUCAUUACUUAAUAACCCAAGUAAGAGAGCUAUCAUGGAGAGAACAAACCCAAGAGCUUCAGGCUUAGGUAUGAUUUUAUUUGAUAAACCAGAUGGAAAAGACUCGCUUAAUUAAUUGCUUAAAAUAACCAUUUGUUUUAAAAGAUAAUAUUAAAGCCUUAGGUUCCUGAGACAUCUUGGCAAAUAUUUUAAAUGAAUGAAUGGUAGUCUUUGUUGGGAAAAAAUAGUCUUGUGUAUGGCUUUUGGUGCAAUCAUUUUAACAUCAUAUUUUUAAAGAUUAAGAUAAUAAUGAUUGAUGAUGUGGAGAUAAAUAUACAUCAGCUGGUCUGUCUGUGCAUGGAGACAAAAAGCCAUAGAUCACUCUGAAUGGAAGGACAAGGUGGAGCAGACCAGUGCUCUACAUGGGCUUUUGUUCCAAUGAUGAUGAUCAUUAUGUUUAAGUUCAAAAUUAGAAUUUUAAAAUAAAUAUUUAACUGCCUCAAUUUAUUUUCCCCAGCUGAAGUUCAGGCAGAAAUUGAGAGAAUAUUUGAGUUGGCCCGAGCUCUGCAGCUGGUGGUGUUGGACUGUGACACAAUCAACCACCCGUCGCAGCUGGCUAAAACGUCUCUGGCACCAAUAGUUGCUUAUGUCAAGAUAUCUUCUCCCAAGGUAGGUGGCUGACAUUCCAUCAUCUCUAUAAUUCAAAGGGUUUUUUUUCAUUUGUUGUAUUUUAUUGACAUCUUCCUAAAUGCCUUACAUAGGCUACUACAUUCAAACCUAUCUUUUUAAAAUUUCUUACAUUAUAGUAUUUAAAACUCUUCCUUUUAAUAACUUCCAAGCUUCCAAAGCAUUCAAUAUAUUAUUUCAUUUAAGGAGCUAAGCUAAAAUAAAAAAACGUAAAAAUGAAUUAAACGUGUAUUAAACAGUAUUUGAUGGCUCAUUGCAAGGUGACAAAAAUUUUGAGUCUAAAUUUUCUGUAGCUGGCUGAUUAUUUACACGUACUUCUGAUUAUUUGAUCCAUCACUGAUUAGAAUAGAAAACUUAGUUUAUCAUUUUAGCUGCUUCAUGCAAGACUAAACAUUGAUGAAACUUACAUUUUCAUGCUAUACAUAUCAUCCGACCUAUGAAGUGAUGACUUAUGUGUGUUGUGAUUCAGGUCUUGCAAAGGUUAAUAAAGUCUCGGGGUAAAUCCCAGUCCAGGAACAUGAAUGUCCAGCUAGUUGCUGCCGACAAGCUAGCACAGUGUGCGCCGGUGAGUUGACCUGCUAGUGCUUGGCCUUUAUUUGUUGUGGAAGCAAGCAGCCUGUCUUGUCAUUGGUACAAACCAGGGUUGAGAACUAGAACCCCUUGAAAGUGAAAAGCGGCUGUAUUUUUUUUUCUAUUAGCCUCAAUUGUUUUUAAAAGAAUGAAUAUAAUUAACUUCCAUUGCAUGCCGUAAAAAAAAAUGUGAUGUUAACUUAAGGUCUGAUUAUUUCCAUUUCUUUUUGUUUUAAGGCGUGUGUGCUUUCCCUAAAAUUUUACAAACACUGGAACAUUCCUAUAACGAUAUAUACUCUUCUAAUUCUUAUUUGCUUUGUUCAAGCUGAAAUUAUGAUGAAAGAAUUUGUAAAUUUAUUUAUGUAACCCCCAACUAUGCCUGCUGAAAAAAAAUGAAUAUAAAAAGGUUUUUGUUACCCACUUCUGCUUACAGUUUAUUAAAUUGAAGAAGAAAAAAAGCUCACUGAUAAUUGAAAACAAUUAGAUAAAUGCUUAAGAAUUAUAUUUAUUAUUAGUGAACCUUUUGAAUUGUAUUUUCACAUUUUGUUUUACUAUUCAAUUAGUAAUUCUUGAACAGAGGCAUAAAUAGACGAUCCCCCUUUUUUUUUUUUUUUUUUUUUUUUUUUUUAUUUUUAAGGGUUUUUUUUUUUUUUUUUUUUUUUUUUUUUCAAUUAAAGGGGUUUUUCUGUCUCAGAAUUCAUAUAAUUCAUAUGCAUAAAAUUAUUGUCUUCCUCUUGCUUAUAAAAUAAAUUUAAAAUCUGGCAGGAAAUGUUUGAUGUGAUACUGGAUGAAAACCAACUGGACGAUGCAUGUGAGCACUUAGCUGAGUUUCUUGAAGCUUACUGGAGGGCCACCCAUCCCCCAAACAUGAGUCCACCAUCACCGCAUGGCCCGCACAGGGGUCCUGCAGGCUCAUCAAUGCCACUAAAUCGGCACAAUACAGCACCUGCUAGUCAUAUGUCACACAGGUAAGUCAAAACUAAUUAUCUUUUUAUCCUGAUUCACUAGCAGCUUUUGUAGAUGAUUCUGGUUUAGUGAUUUUUUUUCUGUUUUCUCCAUUGUUUAGUAGUUAUCAAUAAAACCAAAUCAAUAUAACUAAAUCAAUUAAUAAUCUUUUUCUUUUUACAGUUUCUCAUAUCAAUGGUCUCCAAAUAUAUUUUUGUCUUAAAUUAUUACUUCUAAACUUUUUUUUUUGUCUAGCAUCAUUAUUUUGUGAAAGCAAGCACAUACUGAGGCUGCUUUACUGCAUCACUUAACACACAAGCAGCAAAUACAUUAUAUUUUAUUAAAGAAACAGUGUGCUUUAAUUGUUACAUGUUGUUUAUUAUGGUUAACCAAGAGUGGCCCCCAAAUAAAUGAGUUAUUUUAUAACCUUACAACAAGGGUGUCAUUGAACUACAUCAGGCUUUGUUAACACCUAUUUAUAAAAAUGUAAUGUUGAAAAAAAAGCAAAUUUAAAAUCUACAUAUAUAUUCUGUCUCAUUUUUUGAGCCAGGCCAUUCAAAAACCUUCCCUAAAUAACAGAUUGUUACAAAUAUAUGUUGAAUACUGAUUAAUGUGUACCAAUUUAUGAUUAUUCAAUUAUAUCACUCUUGAAUCAAGGACAGCUAUUUUUAGAACAAAGUAAUUAUUCAUCUUUACUAAAAAAAAAAAAUUAAAGACAACUACUUUUUAUCCUAACUGUUAUAUAUUCAUAUUUUGAUCAACUGUAGCCGGUCUGGGAGCCUGGAACGGGUGAACUCUCCAGACAGUGAUCGGCAACAUCAUCAUCGUGAGCAUAGCACCCACCACCACCACCAUGAUCGGCAGAGCAGCAGUCGUCACCAUGACGAUGACUACGACAGUGAUCGCCACGGCGACCACCACCGGUCCCACGAUAGAGAUCAUGAUCACAGCCACACUUCUCCGAGGGGGUCGAAGUAUCCGGUGCGCCAAGGAAGUAUAGACAUCUAGCAUCAUGUGUGAUGAAGAUAGGCUCAGUUAACAAAUCACCAGUAUGUUUUAAUUGACAAAAAGAGAGAAAAAAAAUAACCAAACUAACAUCACUCCACCUGUAUGAAUAUUUUUAAAUGCACCUUGCUUCACCACAGUAAUGAAUGAUGCACAGUGUUGAAUUCAGUGCACCAUCUCAAAGGAAAGUAAACACUAACAAACACUUGCAAUGCAACAGUUUACCAUGUGUGGAGACAGUGAGGCUGCAGGAGGAUUUUGUCUUUUCAGAUCUGGAAUUUUAUCAGAGACUUUAUCUAUCAGAUUCAACAGCAAUUUUGAAACAAG